AUGAUUCAAGUCUUUCAGUUCAAUUUAGAUAAAUAUUGAAUAAAACUAAUUAUAUUUGUAUUUGUAAAUUAUAAGUUUUAAUUAUGUGUUUUGAUAUUUAAAGAUAUUUACUUCUGAAAAACUACUAUAUUGUAUUAAAGUAUCUAUCCAUUUGUUUUGUUAUCACAAGACAAGCUUUUGUUGGUAAAAUCUUUUGAGAAAUGACCUGAUAAACCAUUAUUAACCAGUAAACUUCUUAAAAGUAAGCAAAAUGGAUAGGGUAAAUGAGCCUCUCGAUGAGCCUCUUGGACAAGAUUAUUUUUACAUCGAUGAUCAGGGAAACAAAGUUUAUGUAAAUACAGAUGAUAUUGAUGAUCUUGAAAACGGGGAUGAACUUUUAUUAUACUAUGCUCGAAAUGGUGAACUUACAAUGGUUAAAAAGCUUCUUCAAUCGAGAGAAGAAGAUCUAAUUGAUUUAGACAUUAACUGUAAAGGAAAAAAGAAAAAUAAUCAUGGUUGGACACCGCUUCAUCUUUCCUGCUACUUUGGCCAUUACGAGGUUGUCAAAAUUUUGCUUGAAAACAAAGCAUCAGUCAAUGUAAUGAACGAUUCAGGUGAUACGCCGCUUCACAAAGCGUCUUAUGUAGGACGGUUGGAUAUUGUUACUCUAUUACUAGCCCAUGAUGCUGACGUGUUCACCAAAAACGCCGAAGGUAAAACUCCAAAAGAUAUUUGUCAAGAUAAUGAAAUACUUGAAGCAUUGAUAGCAGCAGAAUGCAAUGAUAUGAAAAGAAAGGAAGCACAGUUUUUGAGAGCAGCAAGAGACGGUGAUCUGCCAACAGUAAAAGAGUUAUUGAAUGAUCUAAAUCCAGUUAAUGUGAAUUGUAAAGACUUGGCUGGUAAUACAGCUUUACAUUGGGCUUCAUAUCGUAACCAUAAAGAGAUUGUCGUUUACCUUUUGCAAAAUGGUACAGAUCCAAAUAUAAGAAAUAACAGUGAUCGAGUUGCUGCAUCAUUGGCUUCAUCGGUUCACAUCAAGCAGCUAUUGUUAAAUAUUCAACCGGUAACCUUUAAUAUGAAUAUCAAGACUCUGGCAAAAUGCAUGAUUAAUCGUUUUGAAGGACCUUUACUGCGUCGCGGUAAAUUUCUAGUUCGUAAAAAUGUUUGGGCUGUAUUGGAACGAGGAGUGUUAUCUUUCUUUUCCAACCUUGCUGAUGCCAGUACUGGUGUCAAGAGAAGAGGUUACAAGUAUUUGGAAGCGGCUGUGAUUAAACCCAAUCCUAAAGAUGAAGUCAGUUUUACUAUUUUUUUUCCUGAUAACACUCAAACAGUUCUCGCAGUUCCUAUUUCUUCAAGUCCCCUUUCCAAUAGUCAAUUAGACCGUCAAAAGUGGAUAAAUGCUAUUACUGACCAUAUCGAUUAUUCUACUAAAUUCUUGAAAGACGGUGUCCGAGUUGACGAUGAUGAAGAAGAUGAAUUACGAGAGCUUCUGACUGCUCAAUCUUUGCAACCUCACAUAAGCAGUGCCCAAGCUCAUCUCGGAAUCUUACAGAAACAUAUUAAAGCUUUGAUGCAAGUUGUUGAAGAAGAUAUGGCAUUUCUCAGAAUCGACAGCGAUAAAGCUCAAGCAGAAGCAUCAUCUUCCAGAGGUUUAGGAGCUUACUUUUAUGGAGGUGCAACUUCAAAUCCAAGCCCUUCCUCAUCUAGAGAAUUAUAUCAAGAAUGGAAAAAUUAUUGGCCAACAUUGAAAUUUCAUUUAGGGAUAAUCAUGGAAUCUGGAAAUCACACAAGCUCAUCUUUAGCUGAAUGUGUUGGCUUAUUGGCUAAGCAAGACCAACUUAGACAAUUGAUUGCUAAACGAAAUCAAGAAAAGAUCCGUGUUCUUGAGGAAUCACUUCGUGUUUUGGCUAAAAAACAUCACGAGUUUGAGCAUUCACUGAUUCAGUCCACAGUGGCUCAAGGAUCUCGAUUAACAUCUUCAGAAAUUGACGCUGACGAAUAUUACGAUGCUUUCGGUGAAGAUGAUGAUCUUUCAAUAAUCGAACAUACAACCAACACUUCAGUCGCUAGUGAUUCCAGUUCUGUCCAGAAAUCAAGUGAAAAUGGUGAUACCAUUGAAGAACCUAAACAAUUUUUACCAGCAUCAGAUAAACCUUUACAAGAUCUCAGUAAACGUCCCACCGAGUUGUCCAAAAAAGAAACCAAUGAAGAGGAAAAUUCAUCUUUAAACGGUCCAACCACCCCAUUAUUAGAAACUUCAUCAACUGAAUCACCGAUAACAGAUAUAGCAAAGUUUUUACCACCCAUACCAUCAUCAUCAUCAGUGAUAGCCAAUCAAACCGUUGACGAUGUUCAGCAAUAAAGUGAUGUUCGUAGACUGAUGGAAUGCUAGCACGGGAUAUUUGAGAACAAACGAACUUUCACGAGUGAUAAACCAAGGAACAAAAAAGGCUACCAUGAAAUAUAACAAAAACAUGAAAAGCUCAAAAUCUAUCUAUACAUGAAAAAUGCAAAUAAAUUUUUAUUUUAGUAAAUAUUUUAUUCAUAAAACGUU